AUGUUCCUUUACCUGUACCUCUGCUUGUACCUCUACUUGUACCUGUACCUCUACCUGUAUUUGUACCUAUACCUCUACCUGUACCUCUACUUGUACCUGUACCUGUUCCUCUACCUAUACUUGUACCUGUACCUCUACCCGUACCUCUACUUGUACCUAGGCCUGUUGCUCUACCUGUACUUGUACCUGUACCUCUACCUGUACUUGUACCUGUACCUCUACCUGUUCCUUUACCUGUAUCUGCACCUCUACCUGUACUUGCACCUGUACCUGUACCUCUACUUGUACCUCUACCUGUACCUGUACUUGUACCUGUACCUCUACCUGUACUUGUACCUCUGUACCUCUACUUGUACCUGUCUGUACCUCUACUUGUACCUGUGCCUGUACCUCUACCUGUACCUGUACUUGUACCUGUACCUCUACCUGUACUUGUACCUGUACCUCUUCCUGUUCCUUGACCUGUACCUGUACCUCUACCUGUUUCUUUACCUGUACCUCUACUUGUACCUGUGCCUGUUCCUCUACCUGUACUUGUACGUGUACCUCUACCUGUACCUCUACCUGUUCCUUUACCUGUACCUCUACCUGUACUUGUACCUGUACCUCUACCUGUUCCUUUACCUGUACCUGUACCUCUACCUGUUCCUUUACCUGUACCUGUACCUCUACCUGUACCUCCACCUCUACCUGUACCUCCACCUCUACCUGUACCUCUAA